AUGCAGGGUGAGCCACUCCUUGAGGGGCAUGUCUCCCCUGCCGCCCAAGCCGAAGAUGUUGUCAUGGAAUCCUCCGCGGCAGAGAGGGCGCAGAAAGCUGCCGAGCCUACCCUGGCAGAGGAAAAAGCUGGUAACCCGGCAAUGACCGUUGCCGGGGAAACAGAGACACCUGACCGACAGACUUCCCCAGCCCCCCAGGCCAAAGAACCACACUUGUUGGAAGUGGUGGCGGACAUAGGGAGGUCCGCCGUAGAUGAAGCCGAGAAGAUCGUGGCUAGUGAGGGGCGGGAUCUUGUUGCCGGGGGAACACAAGGUUCUUUUGCGGUGGUGGAGCAUUCUGUGGAGAGCGCCCCGGUGGAGGAACUGGUCAUCGAGGCAAAGAUUCCUCUUCAAACCAUGGGCCCACUCCCCACUUCCCGGGGCGCUGCUGAUGCAUUGCUGUCUUCCUCAAACACGCUGGUCGUGGUGUCGUUGUUGCCUGAUAUUGGAGCCCCCGACCCGUCCUUGAAAGACCAGCAAGAGAUCCUUCAGAUGAUGAAGGAAGAUGUCGUGGCUCGGGAGGGACGCCUGGCGGAUCACAAAGCAUCUUUGGAUGCCAGGGAGCCAGAGUUCUCCCUUUGGGAGGGGAAUCUCGAAGCCACCCUCCACACCAGGGAUGAGAGCUUGGAGACCUUGGUCCAGCAGCGUACCAAAGAAUUGAAGGACGAGCAUGGGGCUGCUCUGGACACACGUGCUACUGAUCAUGUUGCCCAGCUGAAGAAGCUUGUUAAAGAACUGGAUGCCGCAUCCUCUACUAAGGCUGAGAUCGAUUCGCAAGUGGCCAAACUGAAUGAAGACGUUGCCGGGAGUGCCAAGGAGGUGGAGGCACUCAUGGAAGAGGCACGACAAGCUGAGCUCCUCCUGGGUGAUGUGCAGUCGUAG